GGCGUGUUGACGAAACGUCUCCCUCCUUCCUCAACAUGGCGCUGAUGUUGGCGCCGCUAAAAUGCGGCUUUCAUAUCCAAAGACGAAAGUUAGCGUUUCUCAUUCGUCAGACGAGUUCUUACCACAUUUGGAGUAAAAGCUGCAGUGAAAACAGGACUAAAUGCAAGCGGAAGGACACAUCUGUGUUAAGCUGCCUUCCACUCCUACGAACAGCAACAUGGAGCACAAACAGAACAGAAAACAGCCAUCAGAUUUUAGAAGGAGUUUCAAAGCAUUUACAGGCGAUGGACAAACGGACAUGUUGGCAUGGAAAUGCAGGGGGAGGUCUAAGUGCAGAUCCAAAAAAUGUGCUGAAGGAGGUGAACUCAGCCAAGAUUCUUUCUGCUAUGCUGUCUUAUGUUUGGCCAAAAGAUAGACCAGACCUGCGGGCCCGUGUUGCCAUCUCGCUAGGCCUGCUUGCUGGAGCCAAGCUCACCAACGUGGUGGUUCCCUUCAUGUUUAAGUAUGCAGUGGACGAGCUUAACCAGAUGUCGGGGCACAUGCUGAACCUGAAUGACGCGCCAAGCACCGUGGCUACCAUGGCAACGGCAAUGCUGAUUGGCUAUGGUGUUUCGCGGGCCUGUUCGGCGCUCUUCAACGAGCUGAGGAACACCGUGUUCGGCAAAGUGGCCCAGAGCUCGAUUCGACGCAUCGCCAAGAACGUCUUCCUGCACCUGCACAAUCUGGAUCUGGGUUUCCACCUCAGCCGCCAGACAGGGGCGCUGUCCAAGGCAAUUGACCGCGGCACACGGGGCAUUUCAUUUGUCCUCAGUGCUCUCGUUUUCAAUCUAGGACCCACAGUCUUUGAGAUGGGCCUCGUCAGUGCUAUUCUGUAUUAUAAGUGUGGUGGACAGUUUGCAGCAGUGGCCUUGGGCACCUUAUCAGCGUACACAAUUUUCACCAUUCUUGUUACUCAGUGGAGGACUCGGUUUCGAAUCCAGAUGAACAAAGCUGACAAUGAAGCAGGCAACGCAGCUAUUGAUUCGCUGCUCAACUAUGAGACUGUGAAGUACUUCAAUAAUGAGAAGUAUGAAGCUGAAAGGUAUGAUGAAUUCCUGAAGAUCUAUGAGUCAUCCUCUUUAAAAACCACGUCGACGCUCGCCAUGCUCAACUUUGGCCAGAGUGCCAUCUUCAGCGUCGGCCUCACUGCAAUCAUGCUGCUGGCCAGUAAAGGCAUCACAGCAGGUACCAUGACCGUGGGAGACCUGGUGAUGGUGAAUGGCCUGCUCUUCCAGCUCUCUCUUCCUCUCAACUUCCUGGGAACCGUGUACAGAGAAACCAGGCAGGCUCUCAUAGACAUGAACACGCUUUUCACUCUGCUCAGCGUCGACACAAAGAUCAAGGAGAAGAAUCUCGCUCCACCGUUGCAGAUCACACCACAGGAAGCCACCAUCCGAUUUGAAGAUGUCUAUUUUGAGUAUCUGGAGGGCCAGAAAGUUUUAAAUGGAGUGUCCUUUGAGGUGCCUGCUGGGAAGAAGGUGGCUAUAGUUGGCGGCAGUGGCUCAGGGAAGAGCACUGUUGUGCGGCUGCUGUUCCGUUUCUACGAACCCCAGCGGGGUAACAUUUUCAUCGCAGGGCAGAACAUCCGAGAUGUGAGCCUGGACAGCCUGAGGAAGUCUUUGGGCGUCGUACCUCAGGAUGCCGUCCUGUUCCACAACACCAUCUUCUACAACCUGCACUACGGCAACAUCAACGCUACGGCAGAGGAGGUGUACCAAGUGGCACGUUUAGCAGGCCUCCAUGAUGCCAUCCUCAGGAUGCCCCAUGGUUACAGCACUCAGGUUGGAGAGCGAGGCCUCAAGCUGUCAGGCGGGGAGAAGCAGCGCGUCGCCAUUGCCCGCGCUAUACUAAAGAACCCGCCCGUCCUCCUGUACGACGAAGCAACGUCGUCCCUCGACUCCAUCACCGAAGAGACCAUCCUGAGUUCAAUGAAGGAGAUGAUAACGGACAGGACGUCGCUGUUCAUCGCUCAUAGGCUCUCCACCAUCAUAGAUGCAGAUGAGAUUAUAGUGCUCAGUCAGGGCAAGGUGGCCGAGCGAGGCAGCCACCGCGCCCUCCUCAACACCCCGGGCAGCUUGUACGCAGAUCUGUGGAACGCCCAGAACAACAAAAUCCUGAACGACACCAAGAGCUCGCCCGAGCCGCCCGCCGAGCGUCUGUCCCAGAAGGAGGAGGAGAGGAAGAAGCUGCAGGAGGAGAUCCUGAACAGUGUGAAGGGCUGUGGGAACUGCUCCUGUUGAGAGCGGCUGCCAUCUUGCCUCAUCCCUCACAGAUGGCCUACACUGGAAUCCUUCAGUCUGCGCAGUUUGGAGAGAACACAGGG